GAGCAAAUCACCAAAAAAAGAAAUUAAAGGGAAAAGAUGUCGAUCGAAGAACAGAACAACAACAACUUACCAUCAUCCUCAGAAGAACAAGAACAAGACUACUACUACUACUACCAAGAACAACAACAGCAACAACAACAAGCAGUACUGCCGAUCACUCCCGUCCAACGACCCAGCCUGAUCCGAUGGAUGCUCUGUCUGCUCGUGCCUGCGCUUCUGGUCUGCUCGAUCCUCUCCCCGCUCUCGCUCCUCCUCUCCCUCUUCCCGAUCACCCUCAUCUUUGGCUUACCGAUCUGGAUCAGCUCAACCCUCCUGCUGUGCUUGAGUCUGGCCUGGAUCCCUUACCUCCUCUUCGCCCAGGAAGACCGGCCCAGCCAUCUCCUCCUCCUCCCAUUCUCCCCACUCAAGAUACUCAGGAUCAUCAACACCCUCAUCAAACAUGCCAUCAUCCUCCUCAGAUCCAACUGGCUCGAACUGAUCCUCGACUACUCCUACCGAAAGAUCAUCGUCCUUGGGCGGAACAACAGCCAUCGAAGCAGUCGGCCGACGAUCGUCUGUCGAGACCUGAUCUAUGCCUAUUCUGACGACCACCAUGAUCAUCGACGAGCAACAAGGAAGAGGAACCAACGCUUGGACGUCUAUCUCCCCACAACCUCCUCCUCCGCCGGCCUCGCCCCCGUCUUCCUCUUCAUCCAUCCCGGCGGUUGGAGGUGGUUCGAGAAAUCCUUGUUCCUCCAGAUCGGGCUCAGGUUUCGAAGGCUCGGCUUCUGCGUCGUCAUCCCUGACUUUACUCAGUUUCCCGACGGCAGAUGUCAAGACUCGGUCCGGGAUAUCCGGUGUGUGUUGAGAUGGGUGGCCAGCUCGAUCAGGGAAUACGGCGGCGAUCCGGAGCGGAUCUUUGUAGCCGGGCACGGCUCGGGGGCGCAUCUGUCGAUGCUGACGGUUGUUCGGAGUGCGAUCCGGCGGAGUCUAGCCGUCCAAGCCUAUCCAUCUUCCGUCCCUCCCAUCUUCCAACAAGAAGAGGAGGAAGAAGAAGAGCUGCCGAUGAUCGAAGGGAUGAUCCUUUUGUCGGGGAUCUACGACCCGAUCAACCAGCUACGAGCCGAGGCCAGGGCCGGCUGGCUCGACAUCCUCGCCUCCCGCAGAGCCUUGGGCCCCUCCCAUCCAUCCUCCCUCGCUAACUCGCCCGCCCAUCUUCUCCACCACGCGCUUCCGUUCUUGGAGCCCAGGUAUCUGCCUGCUAAGUUCCUCAUCAUUCAUGGCGGUGAAGACAAGAACGUGCCGAUCCUACAGAGCCAUUUCCUGAGCACCUUACUCUCGACGCUGACCCAUCCCACCCACUCGUCUCCUUCUCCUUCUCCUUCAUCUCCUUCAUCUUCUGAGUCUGAGUCAUCGAAUGAGUCGUACAACAAACACAGAGGACGGAUCCAGGUGACGUUCAAGCCGCUCAAAGAACUCGACCAUCUCGCCGCGCUCUUCGCACUCAUGAUCGGCGACUACGCGCCCCUCAACUCCCCCCCUCCAACGACUUCUGGAAAUCCUCGCUCGCUUCCCCUCGGCCCGCCUUACUCUAGCAUCAUCAUCCAGCAGAUACUGCAGCUCGUCGGCUGACUCUCUCUUUUACUUGGUUGUAUAACCUUCUUUUAUGGUGUGUUUAUAAGCUUGUUUUACGUUUUUUUUUACGUUUUUUUUUUUCGCUGUUUUAUGCUGUUUUACGUGGUUUUGUAAUCUUUGUUUUAAUUUGUUUGACUUUGUUUGAGUUUGUUUUAAUUUGUUUUAAUUUGUUUUAAUUUAUUUGACUUUGUUUGACUUUGUUUUAUGUUGUUUUACGUUGUUUUACUUUGUUUUACGUUGUUGGACUUUGCUUUCCUUGGGCUAUCUGGGUAGUUGAUCAACUCUUUUCUUUUCUUUUUUGGUUGGUUGGUAGGUUUGAUUGUGGCUGUCACUCACUCAAUCUCACUCUCUCAUUCUUCUUCUCCAUUCUUUCUUGAACCCUGUCCUGUAAUAAUGGGAUAUUCCUGAUAGAAUAAAUCAAAUGAGCCGGAGUGGUUUAAAUACAACAACAACACCUGAUUCUGGUCACACACCUGCAGGAGCACAGCAAGGGAUUGGAAGAUAUUUUGGUUUGG